CGACCAGCACGAACUUCGGAAAGGACGACGACGUCCACGACGACAGCGGCCCACGGAGAGCAGCACACCCGUCAAACAAGCUCGACUGCAGAAACGGACGUGUGCAGAUUGUCCGAAUCACCGCUGCACACACGAGCGCCAUGUCGCUGUCCCAAUUGCAGCGGCCCAUCGCGGCAGCCGUGACAGCAGGCUUCACGAGGAGCGCGGCGCCAAUCACCGCGGCACGACAGCUACAAGAUGUGUUCGGCAGGCUGAGGAUAGGGGGAAGCUCGAGGGACACUGUCGCGGCGAACGCUGCUGUCGAGGGUCGGAGAUUCGCCGCCGUCAAGGCGCAGGGAGCCUACAAACUUCGGGAUACCAAGACGAUUCCCAAGAAGCUGGGCGCGAAGAAGACUGGAGACUCUUAUGUCAUCCCCGGCAACAUCAUCUACAAGCAAAGAGGCACGAUAUGGUUUCCCGGCGAGAACUGCGGCAUGGGCCGUGACCACACCAUCUUUGCCUUGGCCACAGGCUACGUCAAGUACUACAAGGACCCAGCGAAGCACCCAGACAGACAGUACAUCGGUGUCGUGUUCGACAAGUCCGACACGCUGCCGUACCCGCCACACGCCAUGCGCAAGCGCAAGCUCAACCUGACGGCGUCCAAGAUCGUCCCGCCCGCCGAGCAACCCGAGAUCUCUUCCUCGGGCAUCCCGACGAGCGUCACCCGGACUGGCACGGGGCGGAAGCCGCACCCGCGCGACGAGCGCAUUUACAAGCUCACGGACAACCACUACGCGUACCGCGAGGAGAACUGGCGUCUCGGCACGCUCGUGCGCACCGAGAAGCGCAAGAUGGGCAGCAGGAGAGUGGCCAUGAAGGUCCGCCGUGCCAAGACCAAGGCUAUCCAGCUCGAGAUGCGGGCUGAGCGGGAGGACAAGAUGGCUCGUCGCAAGGAGGGCAUGGACCGGGAGCGCGCGGUGCGCAUGGCGCGAUUCCGCGAGGCCAAGCUUCGCCGGGCGGCGGAGAGCGCGGCGGCCACUUCAGGCGGUGCUAAAGGCGGUGCUGUGCCGCCGCCUGCGCCGAAACAGCCCAACCCCGAGCUUCGCGCUUAAGCGUGCUCUUGUGGUGGAAUGGGUUGUGCUCAGAGCCGCAUAUAUAAGUCGACUUCAGUCCCUUAAAGGGGCGAGUCUGAAGUUCGUCCGCUUAAGUGCGCUCUGGGUAGGAGGAAGCACGUGCUGCACGGUACUUGAUCGAGAGCAGUGCCCGCUGCGACCACAGGAGUUGAACUUAUGUAAAUCUAGAUGUCAGUAUAAAUGUAACUGCACGAUUUGUACACUAUGCA